CAGCCAGCAGCCGAGAGUAAACGAGGAGUUUACAGGAAUAACGUCGCUGCCUCGGCCAGACGUCGUUUGCGGAUUGCCUCGCCAACAAGCUGUCCUCUGUUCGCCGCCGGCGAGUGACAGUCGGUCCUCGAGGUCAGGUCUGCCACCGCGAUAUGUACCACGCGUUAUGCUGGCCUAUUGGACCUGAUCGGGUUGAGGACAACGUCAGCGGCUGUAUCAGACAGAGCGUGAACCUACAGUUGGAAAAAGAUGGGGAACACGGCGACCAAGUUCCGCAAGGCUCUCGUCAAUGGCGACGACGUGCUGGCCUGCCACCUGUAUGAGAGCAACCCGCAGUUCAAGGAGGCUCUGGAUCCCAACUCUACAUACGGAGAGUCCUACCAGCACAACACUCCACUGCACUAUGCUUCCCGGCACGCCAUGGCCCGCCUUCUCAGGUCUUUCCUUUUCGGAAAAGAUGGGAAUCCUAAUAAACGUAAUGUGCACAAUGAGACAUCUCUGCACCUUCUCUGCAUGGGGCCGCAGAUCCUCACCUCUGAGGGGGCCCUGCAACCUCGGAUCUCACGCCCAUAUGAAGACAAACAGCGUCGGGCCGAAUCCCUGCAAAUCAUCCUGGCGUGGACCGGAGCAAAGCUGGACCAUGGAGAAUACGAGAGCGCCGAUAUCAAUGCCACUGACAACAAGAAAAACACCUGCCUCCACUAUGCGGCUGCGUCAGGCAUGAAGACGUGUGUGGAGUUCCUGUUGCAGAGAGGAGCGGACCUGUUUGCCGAGAAUGAAGAUCGCGAGACUCCAUGUGACUGUGCAGAGAAGCAGCACCACAAGGAGCUGGCCCUCUGCCUGGAGUCGCAGAUGGUCUUCUCGCUUGCCCCCGAGGCAGAGGGUAUAGAGGCAGAGUACGCAGCCCUUGACCGAAGAGAGCUGUAUGAAGGCCUGCGGCCUCAGGAUCUACGGAGGCUGAAGGACAUGCUGAUAGUGGAGACAGCCGACAUGCUGCAGGCCCCUCUCUUCACUGCAGAGGCACUGCUACGUGCCCAUGAUUGGGACAGGGAGAAGCUCCUCGAGGCCUGGAUGAGCAACGCAGUGGAAUGCUGCCAACGCUCGGGGGUGCAGAUGCCCAACCCGCCCCCAAGCGGUUACAACGCCUGGGACACCUUGCCCUCACCCCGGACGCCACGCAUCACCCGCUCCUCCAUCACUUCUCCUGACCAAAUCAGCCUGACGCCUGCCGAAGAGGAGUCCUCUCUGUGUGGCAUCUGCAUGUCUUCCAUUUCUGUCUUCGAGGAACCUGUUGAAAUGUCCUGUGGCCAUGAGUUUUGCAGACCAUGCUGGGAAGGGUUUCUAAAUCUAAAGAUUCAAGAGGGGGAAGCCCACAACAUCUUCUGCCCGGCCUUUGACUGCUACCAGCUAGUGCCUGUGGAAGUUAUUGAGAGUGUGGUGUCUAGAGAGAUGGAUAGGCGCUACCUCCAGUUUGACAUCAAGGCAUUUGUGGAGAACAAUCCGGCAAUCCGCUGGUGUCCUGAGGCCGGGUGUGAAAUGGCGGUGAGACUGAGCACGCAGGGUCCUGGGACCUCCACCUCAGACUCUCUUAGCUUUCCCCUCCUUCGGGCUCCAGCCGUGGACUGUGGCAAAGGUCACCUCUUCUGCUGGGAGUGUCAAGGUGAGGCCCAUGAGCCCUGUGACUGUGAGACCUGGAAGCUGUGGCUCCAGAAAGUCACCGAGAUGAGACCGGAGGCAUUGGCUGGUGUGAGUGAAGCUUAUGAGGAUGCAGCCAACUGCUUGUGGCUGCUGUCGAACUCCAAAUCCUGCACCAAUUGCAAGUCUCCGAUUCAGAAAAAUGAGGGCUGCAACCACAUGCAGUGUGCUAAGUGUAAGUAUGACUUCUGUUGGAUCUGUCUGGAGGAGUGGAAAAAGCAUAGCUCAUCAACAGGAGGCUACUAUCGUUGCACUCGCUACGAAGUUAUCCAGCAGGUGGAGGAGCAGUCAAAGGAGAUGACUGAAGAGGUAGAAAAGAAGCACAAGAGCUUUCAGGAACUUGACCGUUUUAUGCACUACUACACACGCUUCAAGAACCACGAGCACAGCUAUCAGCUGGAGCAGCGCCUGUUAAAAACAGCCAAAGAGAAGAUGGAGCAGCUCAGUCGAGCCCUGAGUGGAAUGGAAGAAAACCCACCUGACACUACGUUCAUUGAAGAUGCAGUCCUAGAACUACUAAAGACACGCCGCAUCCUCAAGUGCUCUUAUCCUUAUGGGUUCUUUCUUGAGCCCAAAUGCACAAAGAAGGAGAUCUACGAGCUUAUGCAGACGGACUUGGAGAUGGUGACGGAGGACCUGGCUCAAAAGGUUAACCGGCCUUAUCUAAGGACGCCGCGCCACAAAAUCAUCCGUGCAGCAUGUCUCGUUCAGCAGAAGAGGCAGGAGUUUCUAGCCUCAGUAGCCAGGGGAGUGGCCCCCAAUGACUCUCCUGAGGCCCCCAGGCGCAGUUUUGCUGGCGGAACGUGGGACUGGGAAUAUUUAGGCUUUGCAUCACCUGAGGAGUACGCAGAGUUCCAGUACAGACGGAGGCACAGACAGCGGAGGCGAGGUGACAUGUCCAGUCUCCGUAGCAACACACCCGACCCUGAUGAUUCCGGCAACAGCAUUUUAGACACACAGGCGGUCAGAGGCGGGCGUAGACAUCAUCAGAUGAGUCUAGGUUCUCUGGAUGAUGAUGAUCCAAACAUUCUACUGGCCAUUCAGCUGUCCCUCCAGGACUCUGCGAUGGCAGAGAUUGGGUCCAACCAUGACGCGCUCGGCACCUCGCUGCCUUCUAGGCUCGAGCAGCACGCUCCGGGCGUAGAGGUCCUUUCCAGAGCUUCUCUAAGCAGCUCAGAACUGCUGGAGCUGGGAGAUAACUUUGCCAGACUUGGCAACAUCGGCACCAGCAGGCAGCACUCGGCCGCAACCGGUGUCUCCGCCUCUGUGCAGCACUGUGACAGACACCCUAGGGCCUUCGGGGCUUCACUGCCGACACCAGUGGGUCCACGAGGCAGCGACUCAUCGACGGGCCUCUUCUCGUCUUCCAGCGACACGUUGGACUUGACCACAUGCGGCAGCCACGACCCCUCCACGUCCUCCGCAGCAAACGCCAAUUUGCUGGGCAACAUCGUGGCCUGGUUCCACGACAUGAAUCCCCAAGGUAUCACCCUGGUCCCCUCCACCUCCUCUGACACCGACUCAAACCUCGGCACACUCUGCUCCGCCGGUGAAGGGGAGCGCCCGCAGGAGGACGAGAAAGGCGGGGGGGUCCCGCCUGACUGCAGGAGACCUCGGGAAGUGGGUUUCUUCUCCCAGCGACUAGGCGACACGGAGGAGUGUGCCGUCGCUCAGAGGCCGACGCAGUUGGAUCUGGUGGGGCUGGACACCAUGGCGCUGCCCUACGCGGCCACCCUCAACACAGGCGGGGACCACGGCCAACGGAGGGGCUCAAAGGUCUGCCGCGUCGACACUCCGCAGUGUGACUCGGUCUCCGACCAUCUGCCCAGCAGCAGCUCCUCUGAGUGGGAGGACCAAGUGCACUUGGUGUGAACUUGACCGGAGGAGAUGGGAAGACGCUUUUUCUGAGCGGCCAAAAAACACUUUAGAUUGCAGAAAAGAGUAGUUGAGAAAUAAUUUAUACAGAGUGAAGAAUGUGUCCCUGGUUGGGAAGAAGUAUCAAGACUCCAGCAUUGAAGGCAGAUCGGUUUCCCGCACUAACUGUACUGCCAGUCCCCAACAAUCAGCACUCAUUGAAGGAGACAUUAGUUUUAAUAAAAUUUUGAAAUAAUAUAUUACCUGAAAAUGAGUCCACUGGAGCAAAAGCCUGCUGCGUAUGUCUGAGGGAGGUUUUUCAACUGUACAUAUGAGCAGGCUAAUAUCUUAUUGCAUUUCGGUGCAAGCUUGGGGAUCUUUCUUGCUCCUGACCUCGCCUACUCUAUCGGUGCCAAACACUGACCGCCACCAAGUGGAUCCUUCAAAACAAAAUGUGCCUGCUUAUUGCAAUCGCAGCAACUCGGCUGAUCUGAAAUGCUAGAACCAUAUUUGUAUUCGAGAUUGCGCCUGUGUGAUAUUUUCAAAUGUCACCAUCUAAAAGCUACAGUGAGUUGUGUAAAUCUGCAGUUUAAGACCACGCUGGUUGUGUGCUUUAUGUUGUGAAACAUUCACACAAAACCAUUUAGAUUCAUCAGCCAAAAAAGAAAAAAAAGGCAGGGGGCCUCAUUAAAAAACAUUUCAAAACUGACCUGACAAUGCUAUUCGUCUCAAAGCCUCAAUCCCAACACACUUUCAAGUGAGAAAACAAACGCUGACAGCACCCGAGGCCACUGAGUGUCAGUCAGUUCACUUUAUGUUGACUUCUAUUGUAGUUUGUUUCAGUGGUGCAGCUGAGCGUGACGGACUAAGCAGACAGCGAGUCGUCGGGUUUGUGUACUGCAGGAAAGGCCAGUGAGAAAUAUAAUCAGGCAAUCUCAUUCAGCCUUUGGUGAAUGAAUGAAUCACGCCCAAGUCACCGUAAUUAAUCCCCGGUCCCGCUAAGUGUAAUCCUCACCAGAACACAUGUAGCGGGGUAACGCGAAUGUGUGUUUGCAUCACAGACACACACGUCUUCCUCCUCAGUGCCUUUAUGUCAAUCGCUGUUGGUUCCUUCACACGUGUCCUGAGUGCUACUUACACAGUAUAAACUGUGUAACCACCAAUUUGACCUUAAAGUUAUUUCUCUCACAUGAAGUUUAUAGUGCGCAAACGUGAGAUCUUGAUUUCCAUUUUGGUCAUCGGAAUAUUUGUAGCAUGAGGCUUUUUAGGUGGUUCCAGUAGUGUUUUCUUAAUGGAAAACUGAUUUUAUAUUAUUUUGUAUCAUGGGUAACAGUUAAUGUCGUACUUUCAAAUCUUGUUCCCAAAUAUUUUGUGCGGAAGGUCUUUCUAAAAACCACUGUAUUGACAUACUGUAUGUUUAUCAUGUAUCUUACCUAAAGACACUAAAACGGAGCAAAGUUGCAAUAUAAGGUGGAUAUUUAUUUGCAAUCUGUUAAAGAAAAUGGAUUAUGAAUAACCAAUCUGACGCGUUGAGCAUUGUUUUACCUUUAAGGCUUGUCUGUGUACAGACUAAUGUCUGACUGCAUUACCUUCAUCGGUAUAGAGCCACAUGCAAACUGAAGAUCAUAAGACUCUUGAGCUCGUGGAGCUGUGAGUGCCGUAUGCUCAAUGGAGCUUUGUGUGUAACAGUAUGCUGUGCAUGAAGUGGGUUUGAGUUUAAAUGGAACUUGUACUUCCUUUGUAUUUCACGUCUAACGUUCAGGUGAUUUAUUUUAAACUGACAUAACAUUUUGUAACUGAGAUUUUCUAUUGUCAAGCAACUAAUCCUUGAAAUUCUAUUUGCACUUUCAUAGUCUAUACUUGAUACAUUCCCUCUUUAUAUGAAAACAUGUUUGUGUGAUGCCAAUAAAUAUGUGGUGAGUUUUAAUUA